UUUUGCUCACGGUCACACUCAAACACAGGUGUUAAGCUCUUCGUUCGCAGCAGAAAAUCAGUUUUUUUUAGCAUAAAUAAAACACAAAAUGGGUAUUAUUGAAAACAUUAGAGAUUGGUUUUCAUCCGAGGCAUGGGUGAACAAAACUUCGGCUAUUAUAGCCGGCUUUCUGUUCUUCACAGGGUGGUGGAUAAUAAUCGAUGCCAUGUCUGGCGACAGUCAGCACCAGAUAACGACAGGACAUGUUUUCAUUGGCAUCUUUGGCACCCUUAGCUUUGCUAUGAUCAACAUUGUUAAAGGCGAACAUAUUUCGGAAGAUAACACCUCGGAAUGGGGAGCGAGAAAUGCAAAGAUCGUGCUGCUCCUUGGCUUCAUCAUGGGAUUUGCGUCGAUCAUUGCGGCCAUUUGGGUGAUGAUCUCAGACUUUAUCAACAAUGAUAAAAAGGAAACGAGCCUAGGUGUGGCGCUGCUACUGCAGAAUGUUUUCAUACUAUUCGGCAGCUUGGUGUACAAAUUCGGACGCAACGAGGAGCAGUGGAACGAGUAAACUGAACAUAUCCCUCUAAAAAGGGGCUGUGAACGGGAGGUGCAUCCAUUAAUUAGUAAUUAAUCUAAACAACACACAUUGUAUUCAUAAACAACAUAACAAAAACCACGAAAAUAAUCUCAUUUAACGAUAUAAUUAAUUAAACGACGAGUCACUCGCACACUCUCAAGUGGA